AUGGCUGUUUUCUCCAUGGGGGCUGUGAGGAUGUCCCAGAUGUGGAUGCUGAGAUGGGUCGUCCUACUGGUGGGGCAACAGCUGAUACAAGCAGGUUUUAUGGAGGAUUAUGGAGUAACGGGAGAUUCUAAUGACUUGACUAUGUGGCCAACAACACCAUCAGUUCGUGCCAGUAACCAUGUCAACAACAUCUGUAGCAUGUGGGGAAACUUCCACUUCAAAACUUUCGAUGGGGACUUUUAUCAGUUCCCAGGCACAUGCGAGUAUAACCUGGUCUCCGACUGCCAAAGCCUCAUUCACCAGUUCUCAGUUCACGUGAAGAGAACAGAACACACCAGCAGCCCAAAGAUCAGCAGAGUCCAGGUUAACAUCAAUGACAUCACUGUCGAAAUCACUGCAGACAAGGUCAUCGUCAAUGGAGAAAAUAAAUUGCUGCCCGUGCAUGUCGCAGGGAUUCUUGUGGAAGAGAAAACAAUUUACAUGAGACUCCAUUCAAAAAUGGGCAUAACUGUGAUCUGGAACAAAAAAGAUGCAGUCAUGGUGGAGCUGGAUUCCAAAUUUUCAAAUCGCACAUGUGGAUUGUGUGGUGAUUUCAAUGGGGCUCCAAUUUAUAAUGAGUUUAUUCAAUCAGGAUAUGAACGAGAGGUAGGCUACAUUGAGUUUGGGAACAAGCACAAAGUUCCCAACCCUAUGGUGGAUUGCAAAAAUCCCUCUGAAGAAGACGAUGAGCAGAAUUUAGUAGAUCAUUCUGAAAAACAUCGGAAAGAUUGUGAUGACCUUUUGAAAGAUGCAGACUGGUUCUCCUGUAACAAGAUUUUGAAACCUGAGCCGUAUAUCGAGGCCUGUAUGAAUGACAUGUGCUUGUAUCAGCCUGAAGAUAAUGACAACUCCACGCUCUGUGCGACUCUGUCUGAAUAUUCACGUCAAUGUUCCCACGCUGGGGGAACUCCGCCGACCUGGAGAAGAGCUGACUUCUGCGCUGUGGAAUGCCCCUACAAUAUGGUACAUUCUGAAAGCGGCUCCCCUUGUAUGGACACAUGCUUGCACAAAGACACGAACACACUGUGUGAGCAACACAACAUUGAUGGCUGCUUCUGCCCACCAGGAACUGUGUUUGAUGAAAUCUCAAACAUGGGCUGCAUCCCGGUGGAAGAGUGUCAGUGUAAGCAUGACCGCAUCUACAGCACAGGAGAGGUUCUCUACAAACAUAACGCGGAAUGCAUAUGUAAGGAGGGAAACUGGAUCUGUACAAGUAUCCCUGGCCCUGGCUUGUGCGCAGUAGAAGAAGGAUCUCACUUUACAACAUUUGAUGGGAAAGAAUUCACUUUCCAUGGAGAUUGCAACUAUGUGCUCUCAAAAGACUUUGAGGAAUCAAAGUUCAUCAUACUGGGUCAGAUUGUUCCUUGUGUUAGCCUUAAUACUGACACCUGCUUGAAAUCUAUAGAAGUGAUGUUUAACAAUGACAAGAACCAUCGUCUAGUGAUUAAAGCUGAUGGCACAGUUCAACAAAAUGCAAUAGUUUCACUUCCUUACACGACAGCUGACUUCACAGUGUUCAUGCCAUCAUCGUUUCACAUCAUGCUUCAGACCACCUUUGGGCUGCAGGUGCAGGUACAGCUGGUGCCUCUUAUGCAGGUCUACAUCACUGUGGACCAAAGCUUCCAGGGCAAGACUUGUGGUAUCUGUGGAAAUUUUAACAAAGUGCUGUCAGAUGAUCUGGAGACUCCUCAGGGAGUGGUAGAGGGUACAGCGGUUUCCUUCGCAAAUGCCUGGAAGACACAGUCCAACUGCCCCGACCGUACUGAAAGACUAGACGACCCCUGUUCCUACAGCAGUGACAUCGAGCACUAUGCUGAGUAUUGGUGUUCCCAGAUGAAGGAAAAGGGGAGCCUUUUUGCCCAAUGUCACACCACUGUCAAUCCAGACAGCUACUACAAAAGAUGCAAAUACUCCAGCUGUACCUGUGAGAAGAGUGAGGACUGUCUGUGUACAGUGUUCUCCUCAUAUGCACGGGCCUGUGCAUCCAAAGGAAUAAUCCUCCAAGGCUGGAGAGAAAUUGUGUGUGAAAAAUACACAGAGAAUUGCCCGGCCUCCCAGAACUACUCCUAUGAGCUGCAAGGCUGUCAGCGUACCUGUCUGUCUCUUGCCUCUGAGCGCCAAAGCUGCAGCGUUGACUUUGUGCCCGUUGACGGAUGCGCAUGUCCAGAGGGACUUUACCAGGAUCAGAAUGGACUGUGUGUACCUAUGGAAAAAUGCCCAUGUUACAACAAUGGCGUGACAGUCCAACCUGGCACAUCUAUUAACAUUAAGAAUGAACAUUGUGUUUGUGUGAAUGGAACAUUCCGCUGUCUGUCCUGGAAACCUCCAAUUGUGGAGUGUCCUCCUCCAAAGGUUUUCUUCAACUGCAGUACAGCACGUCCAGAUGAACAUGGAUUGUUGUGUGCACAGACUUGUAUGCAAAAGGAAAUGGAUUGUUUCUCGCAGGACUGUGAAUCUGGCUGCCAGUGUCCUGCAGGUCUACUUGAUGAUGGCAGAGGAAACUGUGUUAACCCUUAUGACUGCCCAUGUCCUCACAAUGGACAGUUUUAUGCACCAGGGACUGAGAUAACCGUAGACUGCAAUAACUGUACUUGUCAACACGGAACAUGGACAUGUACAAAGAAUAUCUGUCCAGGCAUCUGCACAAUAUAUGGAAGCGGACAUUAUAAAACUUUUGACCAGCAGAGAUUCGGAUUCAGGGGAGAGUGCAGUUAUAUAGCUGCUGAGGAUAAAUGUGGAAAUAAGACAGGAACUUUUCAUGUAAUCACUGAGAAUAUUCCUUGUGGAACAACAGGGACAACAUGCUCAAAGGCUGUUGUCAUCCUUUUGGGGAGAACUAAGUUAGAGCUUUAUGGUGGGAAUGUAACAGCAUUUGAUACAGAAAGUGGCCCACAGAUCAGUUACAACAAGACAAUGAUUGGGAUGUACCUUGUUAUUGAUGCUGAUAUUGGACUGACAGUUUUGUGGGACCGCAGGACAACUGUUCGCAUCAUUUUGCAACCUCAACACAUGGGAGGUGUUUGUGGACUAUGUGGAAAUUUCAAUGGAAAUGGAAAAGAUGACUUUACUACUCAAGGCAGUUUACAAACCACAGAUAUAAUUGAGUUUGUUGACAGCUGGAAAGUGUUAGGCACCUGCCCUGAUGCUGCACCAGACUUUGACCCAUGCUUUAAGAACCUUGAACGAGAGCCAUGGGCAAAACUACAAUGUAGCAUCAUAAAAGACAGUGAAGGUGCAUUCAAACACUGCCAUAACAAGGUGGAUCCUAACCCAUAUUAUGAAAACUGUGUGAAGGACUCAUGUGCAUGUGACACAGGUGGAGAUUGUGAGUGCUUCUGUACAGCUAUGGCAGCUUAUGCUCAAGCCUGCAAUGAGGCAGGUGUUUGUGUGGACUGGAGAACCCCUGAGAUCUGCCCUGUGUACUGUGACUACUACAAUAAACCAGAAGGAUGCACGUGGCAUUAUAAUCCUUGUGGUAUACCUUGCUACAAAACCUGUCGCAACCCUUUUGGUAUCUGCAAUAACACUUUACCCAACCUGGAAGGGUGUUAUCCAAAAUGUCCAAAGGAUGAACCUAUUUUUGAUGAGCAAAAUCAGGUCUGUGUGAAAGAGUGUAUUCCCAGAUGCUAUGUCAACGGAAUCGAAUACAAGCCUGAAGAGAAUAUACCAACUGAUAAGUCCUGUCAUGAGUGUUUGCAUAAAUGCCACAGUGAUUGCAACAGAGAAACCCUGCACAACACCUUCAACAUUUACCACAACUACAAGUACUCCUAUGGCACCUGUUACAAGUACUGGCACAACACCUUCAACAUUUACAAUCUCUUCCACUACCACUCCAAAUACUGCCACAUCAUAUACAACCACUUCCACUACAACAAGUACUCCUCUGUCACUUGUGUCAACAGAAACCCCAUCUUCAACUAUUCCAAGUACUGGCACAACACCUUCAACAUUUACCACAACUUCCACUACAACAACUACUCCCACAGGACCUGUGUCAACAGAAACACCACAUGUAACAAGUACAAGUACAACCACAACACCUUCACCAUUUACAACCUCUUCCACUACCAAAACUACUCCCACAGAACCUGUGUCAACAGAAACACCACAUGUAACUACUCAACCACAACUUUGCCACCUACCUCAACAGAAACACCACCGACAACUAGUCCAAAUACUGUCACAACAUAUACAACCACUUCCACUACUACAACUACUCCCACAGAACCUGUGUCAACAGAAACACCACAUGUAACUAGCACAAGAGAGUCAAUAUUGGAACAGAAGCACAUUGGCUCAGGGAUUUGUCUCACCAUGAUCUGCUCCAUAACCUGUGCAAUUCAGAACAGCACUGAGCUAUGUCCUUCACCUAUAUCACCUACACCAGCUCCACAAUAUGACUGUCCUAGAUGGAGCAAAACUACUAACGAGAUUUUUAGCAUAUCUAAAUGCACCAUGGCAAAGUGCAUAAAGGGAGAGAUCAUUGAGAUUGUCCCAUUGCAAUGUCCUCUGCUCCAGAAAAUCACCUGUGAAAAUCAUCAGCCGGCAGUUCUGAUCUAUGAUAAGCACCAAUGCUGCCAGCAGUAUGCCUGUGAUUGCUUUUGUCAAGGCUGGGGUGGUUCACAUUACAUCACAUUUGAUGGACUCUUCUACAGUUAUAAAGGAAACUGCACUUACAUAUUAAUGGAGGAAAUUAGGCCUCAAUACCACUUGAAGAUCUACAUUGACAAUAACUAUUGUGGUAAUGGUGAGCUUGCAUCUUGUCCCAGAUCCAUUACUGUGUCUUACAAUGAUCAAGUCAUCACACUUAGGAAUGACAUUGGAGGUGUGGAUCUAGAGGCACUGAAGGACAAUGUUAAGCUAAUGCUGCCAUAUGCUCACAAUGGUGUGAGAGUAAUAAGCUCAGGACUAGACUUGUUUCUGAGUAUUCCAGAGCUGAAUGUUGGUAUUACAUUCAGAGCACUUGGCUUUAGCAUCAAUCUGCCAGUUCAGCAUUUUGGAAACAACACACAAGGACACUGUGGAACAUGCAACAACAACCAAGCUGAUGACUGCAUGAUCCCUGGAGGCAUCUUGGUCAAUGACUGUGAAGUGAUGGCGGAUUACUGGCCAGCCAAUGGUGUCAAUGGGAAAAUGUGCCAACCAACUCCAAAACCCCCAGUACUGAAUAUAUCCCCACCCACGCCACAGGUACCAUGCCUGGCACAAUCUGAAUGCAACCUUCUUGAGAGCAAGCUGUUCGAAGCAUGCCAUUCCCACGUGCCUCCUAAAAACUUCUUUUUAGCUUGUCAAUCGGACAUCUGUAAUCAGAAAAACCCCACCAUAGUGUGUGCCAGUCUUCAGAGCUAUGCAAGUGCUUGCUCACAGGUUGGAGUCUGCAUACACUGGAGGAACUACACUAAGCAUUGCAACAUUAAAUGUCCAGAAGAUAAAAUCUUUUUGCCUUGUGCUAAAUCUGAACCACCAACAUGUAGAGAUGGGCCUAUGCAAAGCAUAACAGUGCCCACAGAAGGCUGCUUCUGCCAUGAGAACACAAUACUCUUCAGCAAGGAGUCAGGAUUAUGUGUGCCAAAAUGUGGAUGCUUGGAUCCUUCUGGCACACUGCGUGAGUAUGAUGAGCAUUUUAGGUACAAAUGUGAGGACUGUGUCUGUGAUAGGGCAAGCCAAUCAGUGUUCUGUAAGCCCAAGAAGUGUCCUGAUGUAAAGCCUGAGAUCUGCACUGAGCCCGGCUUUGUGCUGGUCAAUGUCACCGAUCCCUCAGAGCCAUGCUGCAGCAAACAAGUUUGCCGUUUUUCUUCAAGAUUGCAGUGCUGUUUUUAA